AUGGAUUGGCUUUCUUGCUUUUACAGAUGUCCACAUACAAGCGUGGAAUCCGUAGAAGCUGCUGAAGACACAACCAAGAGGAUGGACUUGACGAGCUGGUACCAGCGGGACUGCAUCCAUUGCGAUUUCAACAUUCUCGACCUAUCAGUCCGCGAGUUACAUGCUGAAAGUCCGGAGCUAGAACGAGCACUACCAACAAGUGCAUGGGAUGAUGAGGUCCGAAGAGAAGCGUUGGUGGCGGCGGAUUGGGGACAAUUAGGAGAUGCCCUCUGGUAUUCCUUGCUCCCGACCGAUGGCCCAGUCACCAACAUAACUUCCGAGCAGAAUAUUAGCAACACCGAGGUAAAGAACACAUUGGAGAAGGAUUUGCCGUCGCAGUCGCAGAGCAAUAUAGAUGAUGAGGAAGAUGAGGAUACAGAGGAGGGAGGCGCAAAACUCUGGUAA